ACAUACUUUCGAUCUCCAUAGAAAUUGAAAGUUUAUUAUUCAUCUAUAAGAAAAAGAUGGUGAAACGAGUUUCCUUUUGUCUCCUCGUUGUCUUGUUUUUGAGUUCAGUCUUAGCCAACAUAGAUGAUCUUCAAGAUAAACAAGUGUAUGUCGUCUACAUGGGUUCACUUCCGUCUCGACCAGACUACACACCAAUGUCGAAUCACAUGAGUAUUCUUCAAGAGGUAACCGGGGAAAGUUCGAUAGAAGGUCGUUUGGUGAGAAGUUACAAGAGGAGUUUCAAUGGGUUCGCUGCCCAACUCACUAAGUCAGAACGAGAACGAGUAGCCGAGAUGGAGGGAGUUGUGUCUGUGUUCCCCAGCAAGAACUACAAACUCCAAACGACGGCUUCUUGGGACUUCAUGGGGAUGAAGGAAGGAAAGAGUACAAAGCGAAACUUAGCUAUAGAGAGUGACACUAUCAUCGGAGUCAUCGACAGUGGAAUUUGGCCAGAGUCAGAGAGCUUUUCCGGGAAAGGCUUUGGACCUCCUCCUAAGAAAUGGAAAGGUGUUUGUUCCGGUGGCAAAAACUUCACUUGCAACAAAAAGUUAAUCGGGGUAAGAGACUACACAAACGAAGGCGUCAGGGACAGCCAAGGACACGGUACACACACAUCGUCCACAGCGGCUGGAAACGCAGUUGCUGACACAAGCUUCUUUGGAAUAGGCAAUGGAACGGCAAGAGGCGGUGUUCCAGCCUCUAGAAUCGCAGCUUACAAAGUCUGCACCAUUAUAGGGUGUAGCUCUGAUGCUGUACUGUCUGCCUUUGAUGACGCGAUCGCAGACGGUGUUGACCUCAUCAGCAUCUCUCUCGGGGGAGAUAACCCCUCCUUGUAUGAAGAGGACACGAUUUCCAUCGGGUCUUUUCACGCUAUGGCCAAAGGGAUUCUCACUGUACACUCAGCGGGUAACUCUGGUCCGUCCCCGGCCACAGUUACUAGCGUCGCGCCGUGGAUUUUAUCGGUUGCAGCUACCACCACCAACCGUAGGUUUUUAACCAAAGUUGUUCUUGGAAAUGGCAAGACACUUGUUGGGAAAUCAGUGAAUGCUUUUGAUCUGAAAGGAAAGAAGUAUCCACUCGUGUACGAGUCUUUUGCAGAAUCUUUAGUGAAGGGAAAGAUCUUGGUUUCCAGAUAUCCAAGUAUGUCAGACAUAGCUGCUGCAUCCAUAACUACAGACGACAAAGGCUUUGCAACCAUUAGCUCUCGUCCCCUAUCUGCUUUGUCACCAGAUGACUUUGAAUCUCUCGUCUCUUACAUUAACUCCACCAGGUCCCCGCAAGGAUCUGUUCUAAAAUCUGAGGCAAUCUUUGACCAGGCAGCUCCUAUAGUUGCUUCUUUCUCUUCUCGUGGUCCAAACAAGAUUGCUGUUGAUAUUCUAAAGCCAGAUGUAACAGCACCAGGAGUGGAGAUUCUUGCUGCCUAUUCACCUUGGGCGUCACCAUCUCCCGAUAAGAGCGACCCAAGACAUGUGAAAUACUCUGUUCUAUCUGGAACUUCUAUGGCUUGUCCACAUGUUGCAGGCGUUGCAGCAUACGUCAAGACUUUUCAUCCUGAAUGGUCUCCUUCCAUAAUCCAAUCAGCCAUCAUGACAACCGCUUGGCCAAUGAAUGCUACUGGAAAUGGGACCUCGUCGACAGAGUUUGCUUAUGGAGCUGGACAAGUCAACCCAGUAGCCGCUCUUAAUCCUGGACUUGUCUAUGAAUUGGACAAAGCUGACCACCUCGCCUUUCUCUGCAGCUUGAACUACACUUCAAAAACCCUUAAACUCAUUUCUGGUGAAGCCGUUACUUGCACUGGGAAGACUUUACCAAGAAACCUCAACUAUCCUUCCAUGUCGGCUAAACUUUCGAGAUCUAAUAGCUCCUUCACCGUAGAGUUCAAAAGAACUGUCACCAACCUUGGUACCCCAAACUCUACAUUCAAAUCAAAGAUUGUCUAUAAUCACGGAUCUAAGCUCACCAUUAAGGUCACGCCUAGUGUUUUAUCGUUUAAGAUGGUGAACGAGAAGAAGUCUUUCACGGUGACGGUUACAGGCAGCAAUAUCAGCCAAGAAUUACCUCCGUCUGCAAAUCUAAUCUGGUCAGAUGGCACACAUAACGUGAGAAGUCCCAUUGUUGUUUAUACCGAUGGUAACUGAUGAGGCCUCAGUUCACCAUUAGUCAUCAAUCAUCAUAAUAUUGUUGUUGUUGUGUUUCUUUAAUCUAGAUUUUUGUUUUGCAUCGAUUUUGAAUUAAACUCAUCCAUAUAUCCUAGAAGAUUUCAAUGCAAGCAUUCUCAUUUGAAAGAUCA